AUGGCGUCAUAUCACCAGAACAACAGUGCAGUCUCUGCGGGUGUGCAGCAGGACGACUUGACCAUUCCGUUGAUUGAUUUCUCAUCCUUCCUAAGCGGUGACCCAAAAACAAAACAAGCAACAGCCUCAGCAAUCUUACAUGCGUUUCGUACUAGCGGGUUCCUCUACCUCUCCAACGCGGGCAUCACCCCUAGCACCGUCCAGAACAUCUUCGCCCAUUCUGCCAGAUUCUUCGAUCGCCCUGAACCACAAAAGGAAGCCCUGAGCUGGGACACGCCCGAGUCCAAUCGUGGAUAUGUGACAUUCGGCAGAGAGAAAGUUACGCAAUCCGCCGAUCCGGAGGAGAUAUUGCGCCUUCGAGCCGCUAACCCAGACUAUAAGGAGACAAUGGAAAUUGGACGAGAGGGUGUAGAAGGGUUACCGAAUAAAUGGCCUGACUGUUUCGAUGCAGAGGGGAGAGACUUUACGAGUGUGAUGCGUGCGUUUCAUGAUACGUGCAAGGAACUUCAUAUGCAGGUUAUGCGUGCCAUUGCCCUGGGGAUGGGGUACGAGGAGACUUUCUUUGAUGAAUAUACCGAUGUCGGCGAUAAUACACUGCGAUUACUGCACUAUCCACCUGUUCUCAAGAGCGUGUUUGAGAAUAAUCCGGACGCUGUGAGAGCGGGACCUCAUUCAGACUACGGCUCAGUUACACUGCUCUUCCAGGAUGACAUUGGCGGUCUCGAAGUUAAAUCUCCGCAAAAUACGUGGGUGCGCGCUGUGCCCAUCAAGAACACGAUUGUUGUGAAUGCGGGUGAUCUGUUGGCGCGAUGGAGUAAUGAUACAAUCAAGAGCACAAACCAUCGUGUUGUUCAGCCUCCUGCUGCAUCUGGGAGCUCGACCGAGGGGUCGGGUCUGUAUCCCACGCGAUAUAGUGUGGCGUACUUUUGCAAUCCGAAUUUCGACAAAACUAUCGAGGCAUUACCGGGGACUUAUGGUAACGUUAGCGAGAAGAAGUAUGAGCCUAUCAAGAGUGGUGACUAUUUGACGAUGAGAUUGGCUGCUACCUACUGA